CUUUUAAUUUGAAGCUGUAACCAAAGCUGCCUGUAGGCCAGGCUUGGGAGGCUGUGCGCUGCAUCCAGCCUUUCUGUUAGGAGAAUUUCGGAGCUUCCCAGAGCAGCAGACACACAACACUUCCCAGGACUGAGCUUUCUGUGGACUUAACACUCCGAGAGGAGGAUGGAAAGCCUGAACAGAACGAUGCCUUAUGCCAUCCCCGAGGAUGGGGAGUUGCCGUCACCGGUGGUCAAUGGUGUCCAGCAUGCCGACAUCAAUGAAGCCGAAGUGCCGAUUUCUAAGAGCCAGAGAAGGCGCAGUGAUAUUAAAGUGUACAAGGAAUUCUGUGACUUCUAUGCCCGCUUUAACAUGGCAAAUGCUCUUGCUAAUGCCAUCUGUGAGCGUUGCAAGGGUGGCUUUGCCCCUUCAGAGAAGAUAGUGAACAGUAAUGGGGAGCUGUACCACGAGCAAUGCUUUGUGUGUGCCCAGUGUUUCCAGCAAUUCCCCGAUGGCCUGUUUUAUGAGUUUGAAGGGAGAAAGUACUGUGAGCAUGACUUCCAGAUGCUGUUUGCCCCCUGCUGUCAUCAGUGUGGUGAAUUCAUCAUCGGUCGAGUCAUCAAGGCAAUGAAUAACAGCUGGCACCCUGAUUGCUUCUGCUGUGACAUCUGUCAGCAAGUCCUGGCAGACGUGGGCUUUGUGAAGAACGCGGGCAGACACCUGUGCCGGCCUUGUCACAACCGUGAAAAAGCUCGAGGCUUGGGAAAGUACAUCUGUCAGAAGUGUCACGCCAUCAUCGAUGAGCAGCCCCUGAUUUUUAAGAAUGACCCCUACCACCCGGAUCACUUUAACUGUACCAACUGUGGGAAGGAGUUGACUGCAGAUGCCCGGGAACUUAAAGGUGAACUGUACUGCCUGCCUUGCCAUGACAAGAUGGGGGUUCCUAUCUGUGGCGCUUGCCGUAGGCCUAUCGAGGGACGUGUGGUUAAUGCCAUGGGCAAGCAAUGGCACGUGGAGCACUUUGUAUGUGCGAAGUGUGAGAAGCCAUUCCUGGGCCACCGGCAUUAUGAGAGAAAGGGCCUGGCUUAUUGUGAAACUCACUACAAUCAGCUCUUUGGAGAUGUAUGCUACCACUGUAACCGGGUGAUUGAAGGAGAUGUUGUUUCUGCUUUGAACAAGGCGUGGUGUGUCAACUGCUUUGCGUGCUCGACAUGCAAUACCAAGCUCACCCUCAAGAACAAGUUUGUGGAGUUUGACAUGAAGCCGGUGUGCAAAAAGUGUUAUGAGAAGUUCCCGCUGGAGCUGAAGAAGAGACUGAAGAAACUGGCGGAAACAUUGGGCCGCAAAUAAACGCUUCACCAUGUGGCUUCUUGAGGCACUUGUUGCCUGCCUGGCUCAAUGCUUAUGUUUGGUUCUGUUACUUUAAAUGAUGCCAUGGUGAAGGAAGAAAAUGCAAAAAAAAAAAAAAAAUUCAAUUUUUUUUUAUCAAAGGAUAAAGAGCCGCCUACUUUUAUUCAGUUCCAUUCUGAGUGCACAUGUCUCGGUCUUUUACUUUGUACACAAAUGCCUUUUCUUUAUAUUUACGGUGCUUCUAAUUACGCGUCAAGUGCAUGAAGUGAGGCCCGGUGUGGCUACUAGCCGUCAGGUACGAAAAGCAAAAAUUCUUCAUCUCAGCAGUCUGGUGAAUCAGAAAAAUCCAAUAAACGUGGUGCUCUGUAGCCAUAGGGAGUUCUCUUUCUCUUUCCAUGCUCAGCACAAGGGGAGCUUCUUGGCUGCCUUUACUCACUGCCAGUUUUGCACAAGAAUGGAAUUUGGUCGUAACCACCACACUACACAUGGCUGUUCUAAGUCAGCCAUGUAAGAAAUCUGAUGGUUACUUCCCCCACACCAAGACAUAAUUUAAUUCUAAAAUGAAGUCUCUUCAACAUGGCCACACCUGCCUUUGGUCUUUUCGCUUACUUUCUUAGUUUAUCAUAGCUUUCUGUAUCUUGUGUUUAUUUUUAUUUGAAUUGUCGUGCCUUAGCGUUUAUAUAUCUUUGGCAUUAUUGAAUUAAUCUGUUUCGGCGUAUCUUGUGUGCAAAGAGUACAAUAUGAAAUGUAUUUUUUGGGUAAAUCUAUAUUAUUUUGUUAUUGCAUUGCCUUUAACAUUAUGCAAUAUUUUUAAAGUAAUAUUAGUCAGUUGUACUUCACUUGAAGCUGACUUCAUUCCGACUAUCUAUGCAUUGCCUUGACGGGACCUGGGAGGAAUGAAACAGUUGACACGCUUUAUAAAACUCGCUCAGGAUGUCCAAGGGAUUCAAGUCCUAGGAGGACUUGUGAACAAAAUCAGUGAAAAUAUAUAUAUAUUUUUUUUGUAAUUUUAAAAGCCUAACAUUGAGUGCAAUGAAAAGGCACUAAAUAGAAGAUGUUGAUUUUUACGGUGCUGCCUCAGCCAUGCAGACUUUGCAUUUAUUGUACCGCAUUAUGCCUUUGUCGGCCUGCUCUUUUACACCAUGUUACUUGCUACGGCAUACUCCAGUAUUAAAUAAACUGUAUACCCUUCA